UGACACAUGUCAAAAAUACAAAACUUAAAUUGUCAGUAUUGUUUUGGAUUCACUCUUGGGUCUUAUUUUCAUGGUUUUACAAAUUUCAACGACACUUUAAGUUAUCUUCUUAUACAAAACAAACAUGAGUACCACAACGAUUACCGAUGAACAGUUAGAGACAAUGCAGAUUGAAGAUGGCAAAUCCAAGUUAAGAAAAUGGCUUAACAUGAACUUCAGGAUAGAAAUGACUGAUGGGCGAGUUCUUAUUGGAGUAUUUUUAUGUACUGACAGAGAUGCUAAUGUUAUUUUAGGGGCUUGUUCUGAAUACCUGAAAGGUGUCGAUGGUGAAACAGAGGAACCACGAGUGUUGGGCCUUGUUAUGGUACCUGGCCGACACAUUGUAUCCAUUCAGCUUGAUGACACUACACCUCCACAAAUGUAUAGUUACGAUGAGUGAUUCUACUCUAACCUCCUUGGUUUCAUUAUUAAAUAUCCUUUUUUAACAAUAAGCCUUCUUAGUUUAACAUUGUUUAUAAUAUUUAUACUUAGUACUUAUAAUAAUGAUAAGAAAUAAAACAAAAUAGUCAGUGUUGUAUAAAAUAUAUUUCAAAUAUUAGACUAAGUGGUUAACUUUUCAGUGAGUUGCUUCAGGAUUUCUGGUUCCAAAUAAAUAUUUUUGGAAUCAUUUGAAAAUGGAUUGUAUUCAUCCACACUAUGGUUCAAUUGUAAUACUUCUAAUAAUUCUGUGACUAGAUUGUGUAUAGAAUGAGAAUCUGUAAAUAUUGUGUGCAAAAAUUUUCUAUUUAAAAUAUUAUUCAAACAAAUAUAUGGUUGAAGAAG